AUGCCUCCCCCCAAGGCCGAUGAACUGGUUGUGCACGCCGUCAAGGAGCAGUUCGCCGGCCUCGACUUCUGCAUCACCAGCCCCCCGCCAUGGCUCACGACGGUGCUCGUGGGCUUCCAGCACUACCUGGUGAUGCUCGGCACCACCGUCCUCAUCGCCACCAUCAUCGUCCCGCUCAUGGGCGGCGGCCAUUAUGAGAAGGCGAUCGUGAUCCAGACCAUCCUGUUCCUCUCCGGGAUCAACACGCUGCUGCAGGUCCACUUCGGCACGCGGCUCCCCGCCGUGAUGAGCGGCUCCUACACCUACAUCUACCCGGCCGUCGCCAUCAUCCUCAGCCCGCGAUACGCGCUCGUCAUCGACCCUCUCGAGAGGUUCGUGUUCACGAUGAGGUCGCUCCAGGGCGCGCUCAUCAUCGCCGGCGUCUUCCAGGCCGUCGUCGGCUUCUUCGGCAUAUGGAGAGUCUUCAUAAGGUUCUUGAGCCCCCUCGCGGCGGUCCCCUUCGUCACGCUCUCGGGCCUGGGACUCUUCUACUUCGCGUUCCCCGGGGUCACCAAAUGCAUCGAAGUGGGUCUCCCCGCCCUCGUCCUCGUGGUGAUCUUCGCAGAGUACGCCGCCCACUACUUCGCUAAGGGGAGCAUCGUGUUCGGCCGGUGCGCCGUGCUGGUGACCGUCAUCGUCGUGUGGAUCUACGCCGAGAUCCUGACGGCCGCCGGCGCCUACAACGAGAGGGGCCCGGUGAGGUUUCCGUAUCCGUUCCAGUGGGGAUACCCGAUUUUCCGCUUCCAGGAUUGCUUCGCCAUGAUGGCUGCUUCUUUUGCAUCACUUAUUGAGUCUACCGGCACCUUAAUCGCAGUGUCAAGGUACUCAGGCGCGACGUUCACCCCACCCUCUGUGUUCUCGCGUGGAGUUGGCUGGGAGGGCAUAUCUAUCAUACUGGACGGGAUGUGCGGUACACUGACAGGAACAGCUGCUUCAGUUGAGAAUGCAGGCCUGUUGGCAGUGACGCGAGUUGGAAGCCGGCGAGUUAUAAAGAUCUCAGCCUUGUUCAUGAUUUUCUUCUCAUUGUUUGCCAAAUUCGGGGCGGUUCUUGCAUCCAUUCCAUUGCCGCUUUUCUCUGCACUGUAUUGUGUCCUCUGGGCUUAUGCAGCUGGUGCAGGCUUCUCCUUCCUUCAGUACUGCAACCUCAACUCCUUGAGAACAAAGUUCAUACUCAGCAUCUCGUUGUUCCUGGGAUUGUCCAUCCCACAGUACUUCCGGGUCUACGAGAUGUUCUUUGGCUUCGGACCAGUUCACACCCAUUCAGUCGCGUUCAAUGUGAUGGUCAAUGUCAUCUUCUCAUCGCCGGCGACGGUGGCCGCCAUACUGGCCUACCUUCUGGACUGCACCCACCUGUACUGGGAGGCUAGUGUGAAGAAGGACAGGGGUUGGUUCUGGUGGGAGAAGUUCAAGUCCUACAAGUAUGAUGCCAGGAGCGAGGAGUUCUACCGUCUUCCUUAUGGCUUGAGCAGGUACUUCCCCUCGCUUUAG